AUGGCUGCUGCCGAAGGCGCCAAAAGCGUCUCUGGCAACGCGAGCGUGCACGAGACUGAAAGCGAGAUCGAGAAUAACGACCGUGGUGGUCACGACGUCAUGAUGGCGCAUCUCGAACAGCGGUGGAUCAAGGUGCAGCAGAAGACAUUUACGAAAUGGCUCAACACGAAGAUUGCAGAGCGGCGGUUGGAGGUGAAGGAUCUGGUGACGGAUUUGAGUGACGGGGUUAUGCUCAUCCAUCUGCUGGAGUGCCUCUCGGCAGAGUCGCUGGGACGGUAUGCGGCGAAGCCGAAGCUGCGGGUGCAGCGGUUCGAAAACGCCAACUUGGCUCUGAACUUUAUCAAAUCGCGAGGAAUCCAGAUGACGAACAUCGGGGCAGAGGACGUGGUGGACGGGAACCGGAAGAUCAUUCUGGGACUGAUCUGGACGCUGAUUUUGCGGUUCACGAUCAGCGACAUUCACGAGGAGGGCAUGACGGCCAAGGAAGGACUGCUACUGUGGUGCCAGCGCAAGACGGCGUGCUACGACGAGGUGGAGGUGCGGGAUUUUAGCAGCAGCUGGUGCGACGGACUGGCAUUCUGCGCUCUGCUGGACAUUCACCGGCCGGACCUGAUCGACUACGACUCGCUAGACAAGAACGACCGGCGGGGCAACAUGCAGCUGGCGUUUGACCUGGCGCACGACGAGAUUGGAAUCCCAAAGCUGCUGGACGUGGAAGAUGUAUGCGACGUGGCAAAGCCGGACGAGCGCAGUCUGAUGACGUACAUUGCGUACUGGUUCCACGCCUUUUCGCAGAUGGAGAAGGUGGAGAACGCGGGGCGACGGGUGGAGAAGUUUGUGAGCAACAUGCAGGGUGCGUGGGAGAUGCAGAGUGCAUACGAGCGGCGGAUGGCGGCGCUGCUGGCGCAGGUGCGCGGACAAGUGGCCGCCUGGCGAUCGGCGACGUUUGCGGGGACAUAUGCAGACGCCAAGGCGCAGGCGGCGGCCUUCUCGAGCUACAAGCGGGGACAGAAGCGGGUGUGGGUGGCAGAGCGAAGCGAGCUGGCGACGCUGCUGGGCAACAUCAAGACGAAGCUGGGAACAUACCGUCUGCGGCCAUACGAACCACCGGCCGAGUUGCGACCAGAGGUGAUGGAUCGCGAAUGGGCAGCACUGACGACAGCCGAGAUGGGUCACGGACAGCUGAUCAACGAGACGAUCCGCGACAUCAAGAACGCGCUGCGGCGGUCAUUUGCCGACAAGGCCAACGAUUUUGCGCUGGCGCUCAACACGGUGCAGCUGGCCAUCUCAGGGCUGGAGGGCGACGUGGAAGACCAGCUGCACCACGUGCGCAAGCUGUCGGACAAUCUGCCGCCGCUGGACGCGUAUCUCGACACGAUCGCGGCCUUGGACGCGCAGUGCGAGGAGGCCAACAUUGAGGAGAACGACUUUACGACGUAUACGUACGACGAGCUGAGCUACGAGCUGGGCCUGGCCAAGGCCAGCGUCUCCAAGAAGCUUGUCUUCCUCGAGAACCAGAUCGUGGCGCGCAGCAUGACCAACCUGACGCCCAUCCAGCUGGAGGAGUUCGAGUCGGUCUUCCGGCACUUUGACCGCGACGACAGCAACUCACUGCAGGAGCUCGAGUUCUCGGCUGCUCUGGCUUCGCUCGGCCUCGUCUUCUCCGAGGACGAGAUGCACGCAUACUUUGUGGCCGCGGCGUCUGGCCGUGACCGCGUCUCGUUUGAGCAGUUUAUCCGCUUCAUGGUCGACGUGACCGAGGAUCAGAACACGGCCGAGCAGGUCUUUCAGUCGUUCCGCGAGGUCGCCGACGGCAAGCCCUACGUCACCGAGAUGGACCUGCGCCAUUCGCUAGUGCCUGACGACGUGAUCGACAAGUUGGUCACCAUCAUGCCGCCGCACAAGGGUCCGGACCUGGCCGAGGAUCGCGGCACGCCGCAGUUUGACUACAUCACCUUUAUGGACCGCAUGAUUGCGGGCCAGGCCGGUCGCGAUGGACGAGACGCGACUGCUGAGUCAGCACAGACAACCCAAAGUGCCGGCAACGGCAACGUCCGCCAUUCCGACAACGACAGCCUCAGCGGCAGCGACCGUGGCACCGGCAGCUACGACUCGGGCGACGACGACGACAUUGACGACAGCCCGGCCUCGGUGGCUGUCGCUGUCGCUGUCGCCGUGUCGCCCCGGUCCAACGGCCGCCAGACACCCCAGAAACUGCAGCACGGCCGCACAGAAUCGUCCAUCAGCCAGAGCUCACGAAGGGCUGGCGCAAACGGCUUCCACUGA